UGUGGUAAGGUUUGAACUGCCUAUUAGCAAUUCAAAAUCUGCACUGCACUAUGCAAUUUUGAAAAAAUUCAAACUGCUACCGCACACGAAAGAAUUUCAAACCGUAUUUUUUUUUUACAGUGCACAAUGCUAGCGAUUUGAGCAGUUUGAUGAACACCCCUAUUAAAAAUGUUUUGUAUUGUCGUUUAGUUCGGAGUCCUUUCUUCGCUUUAAUGUCGUUUUACCUUUCAUUCGUCGAUUUCAGCUUCCAGGCUUUACACGUGAAAUAUUGGAUAUCAAAAAGAAAUUAAAUUGAAAAUAAAUGAAGAAACGUAGAAAGAAAGGGAAGAAAAACAAUUAAUCGGAAAGAUCUGAAAGGUGGGAAAGCCCUCUGAAAAACUUUUCCAGAAAAAUAUAUUCUGGUUGUUCCUAACAUCCAUUCAACCAAAAAAUAAAAUGAAUAUAUUCAGAUUAGCAGGGGACAUGUUCCAUUUGGCCAGCGUCCUUGUUCUGCUUCUUAAGAUCCACACUAUCAAAUCCUGCGCUGGAAUUUCUUUGAAGACUCAGGAACUUUAUGCAAUUGUCUUUGCCACACGAUAUUUGGAUAUAUUUACUAAUUUCAUCUCAUUCUAUAAUACCAUAAUGAAGUUGAUAUUUCUUGGGAGCUCCUUCUCUAUUGUUUGGUAUAUGAGACGCCACAAGAUAGUUCGCAGAUCAUACGAUAGGGACCAAGAUACUUUUCGUUAUACUUUCCUCAUGUUCCCUUGCCUGAUUUUCGCCAUAUUUAUAAAUGAGAAGUUUACUUUCAAAGAGGUAAUGUGGACAUUUUCUGUAUAUUUGGAAGCUGUUGCUAUACUUCCGCAAUUGGUCCUUUUGCAAAGAACAAGAAACAUUGACAACUUGACAGGGCAAUAUGUUUUCCUCCUCGGUGCGUAUCGAGCGUUUUACAUAUUAAACUGGAUUUAUCGCUACUUUACGGAGUACCACUAUGUCCAUUGGAUAACUUGGAUAGCCGGGCUUAUCCAGACGAUGCUUUAUGGUGAUUUCUUCUAUUAUUACUUCCAGAGUUGGAAGAACAAUGUUAAACUCGAGCUACCGGCUUGAGAUCUGCUGAAUCGUGCGAGUUAUAUAGCACGACGGGUGCUUUGGAUUCAGCUUCUUAGUUAGUGUUCUCCCCCAAUUGUACCAUAGCAGGCUAGUUUAUUAAAGAAAAAGAAAAAGGGUUUGUGAUUCUCAAUGUAGAAUUAACCAGUUACAUAUACCCUUGUAUCCACAUUCAACAGAAGACUUUAUUACAUCUUUUUAUCACAUGUAGCUCAAAAUACCUUACAAAAUGAAUUAUUUUCCGGAAAUUAUACUUAUUGUACCAUAUGUUAAAUAGUUAUUUAGGAUUAUUUUAGUCUUUUAUAUUAGUUGAAUGCUUUUUAAUUAGUUAUAUUCUUUUACUUUUAACUUUACAAUUGAAUGAAAUCUUAAUUUCUCUCCA